AUGUCGAAAAAAUUCGCAGUGCCGAAAUUUGGACAAGCUUUGUGUCACCUCGUCGUAGGCGACUCUAAAGGAGCCAAGCAGGAUGUGACAACGCGCAAUGCAGAUUGUCAAUGUUAUUCGCGACCAAAAUGUGUUUGCGAAAAACUAGAAACUCCUCCUCUAUGGGUUCAAAUCACGAAAAAGGCUUAUUCCAAGGCGAAGAGGUCUUUCCAGAAAAAAGAGGAAUUACCAGUCGAGAUCUGUGUGACGGAAAGGGAGUAUAAAAAGUCGUGUGUGUGCAAAGAAACUAAAAAAUCGUCGCGCAGGAAGCGGCAAUUACCAGUCAGGAAAUGCGUGAGGGAAGAACCUGUAUCUUGGAAGAGCAAGAUUGACGAAGCCACCGACGUUCUUGCUGAUCGGAAAGUAGUGAAGCAGAAGGAAAGGACGAGGCGCGGAUUAAAAGCUGAUAAACAUCACCGGUUAAGAGUUGGUAGAGAACUUCAGGAAGAUGUGGAUAGUCCACAGGAUACUGGGAAUCAGAAAUUAAAUCAGUAUGAAGAAGAUCGUCUUAGGAGGGAAUCAGGCUCGGUAAAAAAAGAGAAUGAGUCAUCUAGGAGAGAAUCAGGAUUACCGAGAAAGGCAUCCCUUAGAAGAGAAGCAGGAUCUCUCAAAAAAGAGUCACGAUCUCUUGGAAGGGAAUCAACAUCAGAAGCUCCGAAGAAAGAACCAGAGUCACCCAGAAGAGAAUCGGGAUCCCCCAGGAGAGAAUCAGGAUCUCCCAGAAAAGAAUCAGGAUCUCCCAGGAAGAAAUCCUCACCUCCAGCACAGACGGGGCGUAAAGACUCCCUUGCGACGCCGACCCUGGAAGAAAUCUUGCACGGGGCGGCAACUCGACAAGCCCGAAAAUGCGAAAAAGCCUGUCCCUGCGAAUACUCCCGGGAGUUACUAGGCAUCCACCAAAGGGUUCAACUACUCCGAUCCAAGGCUGAAGAGGUCACCUCAAAAACGGAGCGCUGUAAAUUCAGGAUGACCCGAAGCGAGGCGAAUUUUUUGAAAGAGGACCCGAGGGCCUGCUCGGUAAUGACGAAUGAAAUUCGCUCUCAGCGUGCCGAAAUGAGGGAACUCAUGGACAUGUGGCAGGAGGCUGAUGAAAAAUUGCAGUUCCACUGGAAAGAGCUAGGAUCACUGGGCAUGGAGAUCGACCAAUCGGAACGGAAGACCAUUGAAUUGGAAGAUUCCCUGAUGGACUGGACUCCCACGGGAAAAAUGACGAGGAUGCACAGGGACCAGCUCAAAGCGGAGGACACGGUGGACGCAAUGGAAAAACGUCAAGCAGAAUGUCGAUUGAAAGUCAAGGAGGAAGUAUGGAAAGUGCUAGAGGAGAAAGCAAAAUUCCAAGAGGAAGCGAAUAAACGAGAUAAAAGGAGAGCCCGACAGAGAGAGGAGGAUGCGGUCACUCUGCUCGGGGCUACGGAUCUCAUGCAGAAAUACAUCGACGACUAUUACCGACGGAUUUAG